AUGCGCAAUGCAAAUAUACUGACCAAAAUAUUUUCUUUUUAUCGUAGAUAUUAUUUGCAAAAAGUCCUAAAUGUUGAGCAGAACCCAGAUCCUAAGAAGGGAAAUCGUUUUCUUCUUGAACUUCAAUUAGGUGUCCAUGGAUCAAAUGAAAGCUUUCGUCUCUCGGAAUAUGUUUAUGCUCCGAUUGGGAAGGAUGAACUCUGUUUUCCAGAAGGAAUGGUGUGGCAGAAAAAUGCAACCAUUUACUUUAUACUCCCUGUGAAAAACCAGGGCAAGUGGGUCCAUCACUUUACAUCUCAACUUGCAAACAUGUCUCGUCAGUCUGGCGACUUAGGAUUCCAUGUCAUUAUUGUGGAUUUUGACAGUGAAGACAUUGAUAUUGAUGAAGCAUUUAGUGUGUGGCCUCUUCAAGACCGUUAUACAUUAAUCAAGUUGAGUGGCCCUUUUUACAAGACACUUGCAAUCCAAAAGGCAGUUCAAGCUGUUCCACAUGACGAUGAUAUUGUCUUUCUUUUUGACCUUCAUAUUGAUGUUCCCAUAGGACUUUUGGAUAGUGUAAGAAAGCACACCAUUUUAGGCAAGAUGGCUUAUGCACCAACUGUUGGCCGAUUAGCAUGCGGAGAGUUUCCAAGUGAUCCCCGUGGUUUUUGGCAGGAUGACGGUUACGGGAUUUUAAGUGUUUUCAAAAAGGACUGGGAUAGUUUUGGAGGGAUGAAUGUUAAAGACUUUACCACUAAAUGGGGAGGUGAAGAUUGGGAUCUGCUUGAUCGCGUGCUUUCUGCUAAACUAGAAGUUGAAAGACUGAAACAGCCUGGCUUGUUUCACUAUUAUCACUCUCGUGAAGGAAUGUGGCAGUAAAAAAAAUUAUUUAAAAAGAAUUAAUAUAUAUCCAAGAUUUUAAGAAAACAGAGGUUUAAGUUCCCCUUGAAUAGAAGUGGUAGAACACAGUUACAUGCAGGUUGCCUUGAAAGUAGAAAUUAUGGAAUGUCUGGGUCCUUGGCGACUGGCCGGAGUGAUUUCAUUUAGUGUCACAACACUUGAUGGAACAUUAUUCUCAAUCAAGUAGACUACUCACCCUUAUAAUUUUUCAGUGAGCAAUAACCAACAAGGCCCUAUCAGGGGUGUUUGGCAAUAUUUAGAUAAAAAAUUAAUGGGAUUCAAGAUAUUUUGGGGGAAAAUUAACGGGACAUGGGAUAUUUAGAUCAGAUAAAACAGGAUAUCAAGUAGGAAAAUCAGAAUUGGAAUUAACUAUUUUUCUUUUUUUUUCCUUUUACAUUUUAAUUGUGAUUUACAUUACUGAGCACUACUUACAACACUGGUGUGGCUACUUGCACAAUUUACAACAGUAAUACAACUACUUAACCUUGUUACAAUACUGAUAGAGUACAGUCCCUUACAUUACUAACAAAACUUGUUAUACAAUGUAAUUACUUACAAACUACUUACACCACUUACGAUACGAUUACAGAUGCUACUUGCAACAAUACAACUUACACUACUUAGGAUUACUUAUCCUACUUACAAUACUGUUGCCCGGGGGGGGGGGGACUCCCACAUAAAAAGGAUGGGGGUGCCUGUGAAAAAUUUUGAAAAUAUCCCCUACGAGGUACCAAGAUGCUGUUUUGUGGACAUGGCUUUAAAUUUAAAAUUUUGAAUUCUAAAACAAAACAUUAUUUCCUGUCAUAUUUUUUUGGCUCAAUACCCGAAAAAGGUAUUGCAAGAGCUCCUGCUUAGGACCUUUUGAGGCUGAAUACCCUAAGAGGCACCAAAACUGCUAUUUUAACCUCUAAAGGUAUGACAAGCACCCCUGUCCUUUUUACAUGGGAGUCCCCCCCUGGGACUAAUACAUGCACAACUUAGAAUAAAAUAUGAUUACUGAUGCUACUUAGAAUUGGGAUUAACAAGAUGCAAGAUAUAUAGGCUAAAUAUUAAUGGAAUGUUGGCAUACUCACACCCCCCUAAUGGGGGCACCAUUUGCUCACAACGUAAAAUAUUUAUAUUUUGUUAUUCAUUGUGCGACUGUAUUAAUGAGACAAGCUCUCAAUAAUAUACGCUAGAGUUUUUAAUAUUUUUUUAUACAAAUUAAAUUUUUUGAGAAGGUAGGUUAAUUUAUAAUUAUUUCUCCUCAUUGAAAUUGUUUAAAAUAAUAAUAAGUGUUCUCAACCUAUUUAUCUCUCCAAAACAAGACAAACUACUGCUCAAGGAUUUUUUUACUUUUCUGUUAUAUAAAAUCUUAGCUCUUUUCAAAAUCAGUAAUAUUACAUCAAUGCUCUUUUUUUUUUACCUUUUUUUACGCCCCUAAUUUUAUUAGAAAAAAGAGGGGGAGCGGUGUCAUUGUUAUUUUUGUUUUGGGGGUGGCAAAGUAUUGUCCAAUGUAAGUAAAGAGAUUGAUUGAUUUAUCUACAGGUGUUGGGGGGAUAGGGAGGUCAGAACCUUCCACCCCCGGUACCCUGUUCUCCCAUUUCCCGUUCCUGAACCUUUAUCUUCCGACUCCCGGCCUUGUCUGUCUUGCUCCCAUCCCCUGAAAAUAAGGAGACUCAAAACACAUUCCUUAGGUGUUUUUUUUUCCCUUUGUUUUCAGCCUUGCUCCUCUUACUCACAUCUUUUGACAACUUAAGUGACAACAUUUCAUGACCUAGGACAUCACCACGGGAAAAUGGUUUCCAAUUUUACCGGAAGUAGGCCUCAGUUUCAACCCAAGGGGAAAUUUUCAUUUUUCUGUUGGUCCAGAAGUCUCAAAAUAAGCUAAACGUAAAUCAAACAACAUUUUGGGUUCUUAUUUUUGAAAGUAUUUUAACACUUAAUAAAUGAUUCCCGCCUUCUUAAAACUCCCGCUUCUCGCCCUUUCCUCUCCCGCUUCCUGCCCUCUCCUAUCUCGCCUACCGCCCCCUAUUCUCCCGGGCUCCCGCCCCCUGUCCCCCCAACCCUAUAAUUGUUAUUGUUUAAGAAUAUUAUGAAAUUAUUGCUAUCAAAUUGACGUACUAUUUGUUUUUAUAUGUAUUAAUUUAUAUUUGAGAAUUAAAGUCAUCAUUCCUUUUACCCCUUGUGAGAAGGAUAAUAUUAAAAGUGAAGCUGCAGAUACA